AUGACGUUAUCUUUCCUACUUCGGUCUCGUGGUCGCUCUCCGGCAAGGAGCAGCGGAAAAACCCCAGCAGGCCCUGCUUCUGAACUCCUCGAAGACCCUCGGAGCACUUCGAACACCUCUUCCAAUUCGAUCUCCUGUGUUGAGACGAGAUGGCGGCGAAGAUAGAUCAUGAAUGGACUGGAAUUCGGCAGUUCCCCUUUGGUACGCAGAACAAAUUGCAUGAAUUGUUAGGGAAACUAAAGCAAGAGAAUGUAAGCACGUUGACAAUUCUAGUUAUGGGAAAGGCUGGAGUUGGGAAGUCAUCUACUGUGAACUCCAUUUUAGGGGAGAAGGUGGCCACUGUUAGUGCUUUUCAGUCUGAGGGAUUGAGGCCUGCGAUGUGCUCUCAUACUCGGGCAGGUUUCACCCUGAAUAUCAUAGACACUCCAGGGUUUGUGGAAGAUGGAUAUGUAAAUGAGCAGUCUCUUGAAAUUUUAAAAAGGUUUCUUUUGAACAAGACUAUAGAUAUUCUUCUAUAUGUGGACUGGUUGGAUGCAUAUAGGGUGGAUAGUUUGGAUAGACUGGUCAUCAGAGCCAUAACUGACACAUUUGGCAAAAGAAUAUGACACAGAUCUUUGGUUGUUUGAACUCAUGCAUAGCUGUCUCCACCAGAUGGAAUGAAAUAUGAUGAUUUCUUUGCUAAACGAGCAGGAGCACUUCUCACAUGCAUUCACUUGUGUGCUUGGAUUAAGAAGCAGGAGUUUCAGGUAUAAAGUAUCUCUUAGGUGACUAAUCUCCCUUUUCGUUUAUGGAUUCUUCCUCCAUGCUCACUGCUUUCCGAAUUUGUUGCUAAAUAUUAUGACACAAAUCCAAACUGCUUCAUUGCUAUUGCCAUUUAAAACAUAAUCUCAGAGUUAUUUACCUUAUUUAGCAUCUAUAAUUGUAUAAUUGUGGGUAAAGUUUUGUAAACAAUGUAUAAUAGUGGGCAAUGUUUCAUAAACUAUCUUUCCUUUUGUUUGUCCAUCUUGUGAGGUUCCUGCUCCAGUCAUGACUUCUGUUGUGCAAAUGCUGGACUUUGAUUUUUUUUUUUUCCCUCUUCUGUAGAUUUAAUGAACUUGAUAUCAAAUUUAUUUCAUCUACUGAAAACAAGAUUAUUUUCUGGAGUUCAUCCAUGUACCUGGCUUCAUUAUAGAUUUUGGCUAUCUUAUUUGCAUUAGAGUUUUUCUUUUCAUCAGAAUCUAUGCGAGAUCUAGAUCAGAAUAUUGAGGUAUCUUCUUUAUUUUCUUCUCAAUGUUUGUUUUUUUUAAAUCUAAUCAACCUUGAGUUGAAUUCCAUUUAAUAUCUCCCAACAAGUUUCUUUUCUAGAUUCUCUGUAUACUGAGCUGGAUUAGAUAUUUUAGCCAAACUUUCUUUGUGGUGAUCUGUUCAAUAUAACGGCUUUCUUUCUCAGCGAAGAGAUUUCUUCAUAUCAGUUGUGCUCCACUCAGUAAAGAGCUCUCGAAAGUGGCCCCUUACCCUCCUAUUUAUCUCCUCCCCAAGCUCUUUCACUCAGGCAUACACACAGACAACACGGAAUUUCACAGCCUGGAUUGGAUUCCUGAAUUAUGUGACUAUUAUUUACAGUCUGUAAUGGUAUAAUGUCAUUGUCAAUUUUCAUUUCAAGGUCAAUGAUAAUAACUACUUGUUCCAUAAGAGAAAAUUCAAACACCAAAUUUCCCACACAUUGGGGGAAUUCUUUAUCAAGUA